UGGUCGGAUACGGCGCUCUACUACAUCUUAGGCAACAAAUUGAUGGAGGACGCUGCCAAGUGGUGGGUCAGCAUGAAUCGAAGACUGCCGAAGAGGAAGAGAACUUGGUCGAACCUCAAAAAGGCUCUGCUACGCCGCUACGGCGAGCGCAAGGACAAGUCGGCGGCAGAGUGGCGAGUGAACAUGCGCCCACUGAUGCCCGGAGAAACGUAUGCAGACUUUGCGGCUGAGCUGCGCGACGUCAUCGGACCUAACAACAAUACGCGGAAGCUCGUCCAGCAGGAACCGAAGCCGAAGACGCUGGAAGAGGCCGUGGAGAAGGCCACGGAGAUC